AGAAAUAGAUGUGGGAGUGGAUAUCAGUAAGCUGUAGUGCCAUUAUUUGUAUAUGUGGUGAUAUGUCAUGUUGUUUGCGUAUGAUGCUAUUGAUUGAGCCUUAGUUUUUUAACGACGCUUACUUAACCAAAUAAAUUGUAUAGGGUCGGUAAUAUAUUUCUAGGAAAGGCACUUUGUAGGUAACGUGAUGGUGGAUUAGUGAUUUGAAUGCACCACUCCAGCCUUUUUAGUAAACCAAUCAGUACGACAACGUUUUGGAGAACAGAAUUAUAAUAUGGGUAUGUUUGCAGUGGAAGCUGUGGUGGAAUUUGAUUAUGUAGGCCAGGAAUCAGACGAGCUGACUUUACGAAAAGGAGAUGUGAUAAGAAACAUCCAAACCCAACCAGGUGGUUGGUGGGAAGGAACACUGAAUGGUAAACGAGGAAUGUUCCCAGAUAAUUUUGUAAAAGUUUUAUCAGAGACAGAUGAAGGAAAGGAUUCAAACAAUGUCAGCUUACGAUCAAGUAGUGGACGUCAAUGUAAAGUUCUGUACAGUUACCAGCCAGCCAAUGAAGAUGAACUGAAACUUGUAGUUGAUGAUGUUAUCGACAUAUUGGCCGAGGUAGAGGAGGGCUGGUGGAAAGGCAGACUUGGAGACACUGUUGGUGUAUUUCCAUCCAACUUUGUGACAGAAAUUGUGGAUACACGAAUAGCAGGUGUUUGUAAACCAAGAACCAGUAGCCGCGAAGAAGCCAGUGAAAGUGAUGGUGAAAUGUCUACUUCAGUUUCAAGCCCAGAUUCCAGUCAGGUGUUAGAGUCAGGAAGUAAACCUGAGCAGGAUUCAGAAGCACCAGUGUUGCCACCAAAACCAGUGAAGGAAGUGUGUCGAGCGCUGUUUCCAUAUGAGGCAGCAAAUGAAGAUGAGCUAACGUUGAAAGAAGGUGAUCUCAUUACGCUACUGAGUCGAGAAGUGGCUGACAAGGGCUGGUGGAGAGGCGAACUCAGGGGCAAGGUUGGGGUGUUCCCAGACAACUUUGUGGAAGCCAUUCAGCAAGAAGAGCAACAACACAAGAAGCCCGAUCGACCACCCGCCAAAUCACAAGUUGUGACCACAAACCGAGCACGGGACAGUAUCACCAAACCUGCUGUGAUAGUGCCUGCAGCUAGUACAACGAAAGGAGACCCAUUCUCCCAGCGUAAGCUAUCAGAUACAGUGCUCAAAGCAGAUGAGCGGCCGACUUCUUCAGUGUCUUCUAUUCCUUCAUUUCCUAGCAAGAAACUUUCAUUUCCCCCUCCUCCAGUAAAGAAACCACAGCGAGGUGGAUCAUCAAACCUUAUUUCUGCUCCAUUAACGAAACAUGAUUCACCUGCUGAACAACGAGGAACACCUGAUGCUGUGGACGGAGCUGGACUCAGCAGACCAGUCCAGAAAACAUCUCCACGAGGUCUGAUGGAGUUUGAUAGUGUAGAAAGAAGUGCCAUGCUAACACAUCCAACAGCAACUAGAGUCAAAGCACCUCAUCGCAGGUUACCCUCUGCAGUGCACAAUAAAGAAGCGGAUUCUCAGAACACUGGCUUAAUGAAUGGAAGUGCAGAAAUGGGACACACUCCUCAAGACAACCAUGUUGAGGAAGAAGGGGAGGAUGAGGGAGUAGAAAGAAGUAGAGGGCGUGCCUGGGAGAGAGGGAAGGCUCCAUGGGUAGAAGAACUGAAAUUAAACCAGGCCAAGAAGACAUCAGGAUUUAAUUCUGCAGCCUCAGUGCUCGGACAGAGCCCUUCAGAGCAGUCUGAAAAGAAAGUGCCUAAAAUGAAACCGGACCCAAGUCCUGAAUCUAAACAAACACCAGCAAGUGUAACCAUGAGAAUGCAUCCCUCCAGACCCCAGUCAAUGUUCCACAACCCUUCAUCUAGAGUUAAUGUGCAAACAAGGCCAUUGUCUUCAGCAAGUCCACCUGAUCCUGCUCAUCUUUUGGCUGAAGUGAGCCAGGCUCGUUCCAGACCACUCUCAGGUUCAUCAACUAACUCCUUGGUGCUUACACAGCAGCAGAAGCAAGAAGCUGUCAGUCCAUCAGUAAGGACAGCAAACAGCACAAGUUCAUCUACUAGCCCAGUACUAGCCACUUUAUUAUCUAAACAAACAGCAGAUUCUACAAGUCCGUCUUCACUCUCAGAUCCAGACCUCCUUGCAAGUCCAUCAGCUCGUAGUCCAGGGCUUGCAGGUGGAUCUUCUGUUACAUACAGACAGUUCUCAGAGCUCAAAGACAAGGUAUCAAAACUUGAACAGAUGUUGGAAGCUCAAGAGGAAAAAUUUAUGAAGAUGGUUACAGAUUUGACUGCUAAACUAAAUGAAGAGGCAGAGAGAAGAGUUCAGUUGCAGCAAGCAAUGGACAAACUUACCAACCUGGUGACGCAGGUGUGACUGUUUCUAAUUUCAUCUGUCACUAUUCACCUGAGGUCAUUGAAACCAAUGUGUCUGGAAACAGGAAUGUACAGUUGAGUUGCAGUUUCCAGCGCAGCGGUUGUAAAGGUGGUUUGAGUAUAGACUUCGCUGCCACAACAUAUGUUCUCGACUGUGCCAUUAAAAGAAGUGAAUGUUAUAUCAGUGAGCGAAUGUUUGCACACGCGUCGUAUCUACAUGUGACAUGUAGCAAAUAAAAGUGUUGUGAGUACAGCAUAAUUUAAGGUUUUGUAUGUGGUAAGUCUCAGUAUUUUCUGUCAAUUUUGGUUGGCAAUAGAUGUCUUGAACUACAUAACAAUAAAAAGUUGUGUUUGCCAAAUAUAUUUUGCACCAUGUGAAGGGAAUUAAGGAAAUCACUUUAUAUAUUUCUUGAUAUGUGCUCUUGGGCAAGUAGUUCAUUCGGCACCUAAGUUUAUAAUUAUAUUAUAGUGGACAAGAUGUCAUAAUGUUUUUGCAGAAUAGUAUAUUUGUUAAAAGUUUGUAUGUUAAGAAUUAAGGAUUUGUGUGCUUACCAUAUUGUUUUAUAGUUUUCCUCAGUCCCUCCAGGAAAAUAUUGGAAUGAUGUAUGACAGAGAUCAUGACUAUUUCCCUCCAAAUCACACCUUAUAGUCAUUUAAUUCCUGCUGCUGAUAAAGUAUCAUAUGUUCAACUAAUCAUCAAAGUCAGUACUGGUGCAGCAGUUUAUAAGUCCGUUUCAUAAGAUAAAAUUAAACCAAAUUAUGUUAAUUCAGUGACACCUUUGCUCUAUAUGCAAGGGACCUGAGCUUAAAAUUUGGCCCAAAGACCAAAUUUCCUGACUGACAUAUUCCAUGAUUUUCUUCAGUAUAUUCAGCAAAUGCAGGGGAAUGUAUCUCAUAUUAGGCCAUAAUCACUUUCAUAUUCUUCUCUAUCUCAUUAUCAUUUAUAAUCCUGUUAUUUUAUGCUAAUUAUCUGAGCUAAUAAGAAUGUUGUUAAAUGAUAUAUAAAUGGAAAGAUAACCUUUGUUAUUCCCUCCUUAUUGCAAACACCUCGUAUCAUUUUCCUUUGUGGUGCCUGUGAACCCUUGCUGUGUUAUUGCUUUCUCCUUCUCCUGUUGAUCUGAUUCAAUUCAGAAUUAAUGCUAAAACAGUGAACCCAGUCCAAAAAUAAUCAACUGACUACUUGCUUAUUAUAGUAUUUCAGCCUCCCGUUCCAUUGAGGCAUUAUCCUUCUUAUUAUAGCACUUGUCCAUAAUGCAACAAUAUUUUUAACAUA